UAAGAUGACGUUUCCUUCGGAGUCACAUGACCCUUUACAGUAAGUCCAACAUGGCAGACGGAGUGGAUCUUACGCGGUAACUAAAGCAACAUUUCAACCGAAACAGACAAAUUCAACACUACUCUGCAACAAGACAUCCACAAUGCGGGAGAGACAGAAGAAAAAGAAGGGGAGGACGUGGGCGGAAGCCGCUAAAACGGUUUUGGAGAAAUACCCUAACACGCCUAUGAGCCAUAAAGAGAUCUUGCAAGUGAUCCAAAGAGAAAGGCUUAAAGAAAUAAGUGGAACCUCGCCGCUGGCAUGUCUGAAUGCAAUGCUGCACACAAACUCUCGUGGUGAGGAGGGGAUCUUCUACAAAGUUCCAGGCAGAAUGGGAGUCUACACAUUAAAGAAGGACAUCUCAGAUGUGGCGAAGGAGCUGUCUGAGGAGGGCUCUGAGGAGAGCAGCGACAACCUCUCUGACUCCCGAAGCACAGAAAACAACAGCAGUGCCAUCACACAAGAGGGCAGGAGAGGAAGGUGGAUGCGGAGAGUUCCCUCCAAGCUGCAGUCGCAGCCGUCGUCUCCGCAGCCUCGAUGUUCGUCGCCUUCUGUCCCCACCAGCAAGCUCAUCUCUCCCUCGCAGAAACACAGCAAGAAAGCUCUGAAACAGGCCUUGAAGCAGCAGCAGCAGAGAAACCAGCGCAGACAGGGGGGGAUGCCAACCACCUCCAGUCCCAGACUGCUUCUGAAAACCAUCAAAGAUAUGGCUGACAACAUUACUACAAAGACUGAUUUAUGCCACCCAGUCGUACCCAGGAAGGUUUCCCAGAGGGCUGGUCGCCUUAGUGCAGGGCAGAUCAAACGUACUAAAUGUAAAAUAGAUGUGGAGACUCCAGACUCUAUUUUGGUUAACACCAACCUGCGGGCGAUCAUCAACAAGCACACCUUCUCUGUCCUGCCCCCCGACUGCCAACAGAGGCUGCUCAAACUUCUACCUGAAGUUGACCGGCAGGCUUGCAUGGACGGCCUUCUCAAGGUCACUAGUUCUGCCUUAAACAAUGAGUUCUUUACAUCAGCAGCACAGUCUUGGAAAGAGAGACUGGCUGAGGGGGAGUUUACUCCUGAAUUGCAGCUACGAAUGCGUCAAGAAGUUGAGAAGGAAAAGAAAGUUGAGCACUGGAAGGAGGCCUUCUUUGAAAACUAUUAUGGUGAAAAUUCUGGGCUCAGCUACGAGGAAUCCAAAGAGCUGACAAAGGCUGAUCUGAAUCAGGAGUCUGUCAGGCCCCAGUCUCCCCCUCAUCAGACAGGACCUGCCGCUCAAGCACCAGAGGAAACCAAGGGCACACAGGACAGCAGCCAGACUGAUGCUGCUGCGAAAGACGUGAAGCCAACACAGACAUCAUCGCAGGAGCCUUUGAGGGCACCGCCUGCUCAAAAAGAGCCAGUCUCCACCACAGAGCCCAUGAAGACACGGCGCUCGCAGCACACUGAGGAUCGUAGGUUGAGCACAACGUCUCAGACUGAGCCAACACCUGCAGUGAGAACACCAGAGGUGGAGAGACGGAAUGAACGGGGUGCAGCAGGUCCACUAACUGAUAAGGAGCAUAAAGAGGAAGUGAAGGAGGAGAAAACUGAACUCCCCCUGUCGCCUGUGAAGAAGAGCCCUCCACCAAAGGCUGGUUCAGAGUUAAAAGAGGAUCAAUCGACAUCUGUGGUUAAGCCUGCUGAGGAGAGUGAAGAGGUCACCUCUGAGCCCGGGGGCCCCUCAGAGCCUCUAAAAAGAAAAUCCCUCAGUGAGAUGGAGGGUGAACUGACACCAGAGAAAAGGCCCCGUAUGUCCUCAGUUUCCUCAGUAUCUUCAGUCUCCUCCGUAUCUCCCCCAGCAUCAUCCAUAUCCAGCCCUGCUACGCCAACGUCAACAACAAAUCAGAGGGUUCCACCACUGAAGAUCCCAGUGUCACGAAUUCUUCCCGUUCCUGUGUCACCCAGCCAAGUCUCACCCAGGACUCCCCUCCCUGCCCCGCUGAGCAGCCCAGGCCGCACUGGUGCUCGCACAUUGGCUGACAUCAAAGCUAAAGCUCAGCUCGCCCGAGCACAGAGAGCAGCGGCUGCUGCAGUAUCAUCUGCAUCUAAGGGAGCAGUGCCAGGCCCGGGCCCAGGAGGAGGCAGCGGUGAGCAGACACAGCCAUCGCCAAGCCCCAGCCCAACAUCCCCACAGGCAUCAACCAGGUUACCAGCCACCAGCAACAGCAGCAGCAGUCAGAGCAGUACACCUCCUUCUCACCCACAGGACCCCUUUGGUCAGCUUAGCCCAAACGGGUCGCAGAUGUCUUAUUCCAGCAAACCCAAACCUGAUGACAUACAGAAAGGUCAUUCUGCUGUAACUUUCAGUGCAGGGCAUCGUAGCAUCCUCAAGAGUUCAAACUCAUCAGCACAAUCUUUAUCUGUGCACGCUCUGAAGGGACAGGAAAACUCAUCUCCUAUUGGAUCAUCAACCAGGACCAGCUCCUGCAUCCCUGCAAACAACCCGCUGGUCACUCAGCUUCUGCAGGGCAAAGAGGUUCCACUGGAGCAAAUCCUCCCAAAACCGCUGUCCAAGGUGGAAGUAAAGAUGUCAACCUUACCCUCUGGUAGUAAGGGAAAGACGUCACACUCCGCUGAGCACAGGGCUGAUAAGCAGAUGUCCCACCAGUUCAAUACAACAGGACGGGCUGGAGUUUUCUCAGAAUACUCUAGACAUCACAGGGAACUUCCUGACAAGGAGACUCAGGAACAGAUCGUACAGGCUCUGAUGCAGAGGAAAGUCCAGCAUAGCCAGCCCUAUGGAGGUCUGGGGCCUCAGCACCCACAGUUCAAAGCCCAUCAACUGGUGCAUGCAGAAGAGCAUCAGGACCAAUCCAGGAUCUGUGUAGGCUUUUUGGGUCGUAAGAGGAUGCCCAGACCUGCCAUGACAGGACAUUACCUGCUCAAUGUGUCCACAUAUGGCCGAGGACCAGAGAGUAAAAGACUGCACCAGUCUGCCAUCCCAAACACGUCUUUGUUUGGUUUAAAAAGGGAAAGCACAGAAGGAGAGGAGGCGGCUAAGGAAGAGGAACCAGCCAAGAAAGUUUUCUUUCCCAUUUCUGGGGUUAAAACAGAGCAGCAGGGAUGCUCAUUGACCAAGUCUGAUGAAGCAGCGAGCUUUCAGCAUUGCUCCAACGUAAAGACUGAGCCUGGAUCAGAGGACAGUGCCGCUGGUGCCGAUAACAACAGCGCCAGGGCGACAGCCAAAGACACCAGCCCUUUUUCUCAGUCACACCGAAGGCACCUCGAACUCUGCAAUAGUAAUCAAGGAAACUCCGAGCCAUAUCUUACCCAAGUGGACCCCAGUCACCAGCGGCCGUCUGCCUUUCAAACCCAGAGAACGCUCGAUAAUCAGGAACCUGUGGUAGCGUCGUGCUUCGGUGGCACUAUCAGCAUGUCCGUACCUCACACUUUGAACCAUAGCACUGCAGGCACCAGCUCUUCCACGUCCUCAUCGGAGACCGACGGCAGCGGCGUUCACGGGAGCGUCAUGUCCUUCUCGGUGACCGUCACCACCAUACCUGCCGGUCACUCGUUAGACCACGGCAACCAGGGCGAGCCCUCACCUGAACAGUCGUUCAUCGAGGGCUCCAACAUGGAGGAUGUCCAGUCUAAAUGCUACUGCCGACUGAAGGCGAUGAUCAUGUGCAAAGGGUGCGGAGCCUUUUGCCAUGACGACUGCAUCGGCCCCUCGAAACUAUGUGUCUCGUGUUUAGUGGUACGAUGAUAUGAAAUUAAGAACAAGAAGACAUCACGGUUUGAUUUACUGAAUCAAGGCACAAAGCAGAAGCAGGUCAGUCAGCACCAGUGUGGAGCGGGGUGAAGCAUAUUAGCCAUGCUCCAGACACAACAGCCAGCAUUUAUGUGGUCGCUGUUAGAAAGGCAAGGAUUAACACUGGAUGGUCUUUUGUUUCAUCAACAUCUAAAAUAAGUUGUUUUGUGCAAUUGUUUUGGUAGAAAUGUCGAUCAGUUUUCAAUCAGAUCAGUAGUCUGUCAGAUGUGUGACAAAUAUAACAUCUGAUAAUGUUUGCACUCGGCUAGGAUUAGCGUUAUAUAUUUUUUUAAAUAUAUAUGUGUGUGUGUGUGUGAGAGAGAGUGUGUGUGUGUAUGUGUGUAGUUUUUAAAAAAGGAGGGAAAAUGAAUGUUGCUAUUUUUGUAGAACAUAAUGACUGUUGUUGUGUUUUAGACUGACACUUUUUAUUAUUGGGCCUAAUCAGUCGUGGUUUAAAGGCAAAAAAAAAAAAGGGCGCUAAUGAUAAUCAUUGGUUGUAGAGUACCUCCUAUUUGGCAUUUAUGCACGCUUGGCAGGGAAGUGCAACUUACAGUAACUAUUUUAUAUAAAAACUGUACAUUUAUAACUGAACACACUCAGAUUUAAGAACUAGAAAGAACAUGUAUAGUUUUAGAAAGAGAAUUUAAAAGGAAUUUUGAAUGAUACUUUAUAAAAAAAAAUCAACUUGUGAGGAAUGCACAUCACAUCAUGCUUUUGACUAACAGUUACAGGGCAAAGCACUUGAAAACCACCUGGAGAUAUAAUAGUAACUGUGUACAGCACUUAAAUCCAAACACAGGGAAAAGAAGAAUCAUUUAUAUAUAAAAAUACCUUUAUGUUCCUUUUGGCAAAUUGAGAUCUUCUCCAUUCCAGGUUAAGGUCUUAAGUCACUUCCUACUGUGUGAACCUGCAUUUUUCUCCCCCAAAAGCUGGUUUGUUGUAGAUAUUGUCUCCCUCGAAGUGGGUUUUCUUGUGCUUGUAUAUCUGUAUAGAUAGAUCAGCAGUGGCACAGUAAAAAAAAAAGAAAUCAAAAACACUCAAGGCAGUGUUUUUUCACUGUAAAUAUUUGCUCAUUAUAAGAUAUAUGCCUAGAUGUAGAAAUUUAUUUUAUUUUAUUCGUGCAGCACACGUUGCUUGAGCAUAUCCAGCUGUUUAUAAUAAAAUGAUUUUUACUGUGGAAAGAAAAUAGAGAAGAACAGUAAAUUAUGCGAAAACGCUAAAUGCUUAAUCAUGUAAUGAUUCAGCAUAGCAUGCUUCAGUUUGACAAAAUGAUUUGGAGGUACAAUAUGACACCGAUUAACAGGCAGGUGUAACACUUCACUUUUAAAUGGCCUUUUUGCAGCAUAGUGAGUGAAUUCUCCUCUAUAUCAAUGUGGUAUGAAGUAUUGUAAGCACAAAAUAACACUGUAUAAUGUUUGUGUAAUGUGCGUAUGUGAUGCACAAGCUUUGUUGUUACAACCUUGUAAGUGCUUUAUGAUGACGUUAACACAACAUUAAUGCUUACUUUACCACAUAUUUACAUGCAAAAGGGCCGAUGUGGAGCUUUACAUCAGCAGGUUUUUUGUUUUUUUUCUGGUGCUCAUGCUGAUUUGCAAGUAAAGACGCAUCAUUUAUAUUUUGAAAAUCUCCUGGAGGUGCAAAGUAGGCCUGUUUUAUAGCAAUUAUUUCCAAGGUAAUAAGCCAAAGUCACCUUAAGAAAACAAAAUAAUCAGAACUUGUUUUUAAAUGUCUGACUAGUUAAUCAAAGUAAUAUAUUUUAAUUAAUAUAUUUUAAUAUAAAAAAAUCUAUUUGCUAAUUGUUUUUGACAAAUCAACAGGGUAUUUACUAUAAUAAUAUAUUGGCUGUCCGUUUUUCCUAUAAUUUUGCUCAGACUGGACAGACACCAUACAGAGAAUAACUUGACUUUUGUAAUUCAAAUUGCCCAGGUAUCUGAUGCUCUGUAUGGCCCAAGUUUUUCAAAGGAUCCGUUCGUUUGUAUUUUUCCAUAGAGAUGUUGUCUAAUGUGUGUAUCCUUUUAGCUGUCUUCAAUUUGUGUCAUUAUAAAAAUGAAAACAGGAAAAUGUUUUCAAAGCACCAUUUUUAGGUCAGUGGAUUAAUCCCAAGUCAAUUUUUAAAUGUAUUUGCUAUUAAAAGGGGGGAGGUUGUGUCUUGUGGAAAAUUGGUUUUAAGAUUGUAGGGCUAGAAUCUGGAGAGAUUUCCAGCGUAGUCGUUUCACUAUAACUGGUUUACCAGUGUUUAACACAAAUCUGAUUUACCACCCUUGCAAAAAUAUUUAGGUCUUAUCUUGGUUGAAUGUGAUGUUAGAAUGCUGUAUUUACUCACAUAGAGUUGGGGACUGGACUGCACUGCAGAAAACAUUCAAUCACAACCUGAAAGGCAGCUGAAAUCUUUGUUAAUGAGGACUGAAACAUGAGUCAGGCAGCAGUCCCCUCUGUCACUGAAGUUACCUGUUGUGUGCAUGUGUGUGUGUGUGUGUAUGUGUGUGUGUGUGCGUGUGCACUUAGAGGAACAGUUCAUAUACGUAGAAUUGGCGAUGGGGGAAAACUGUCACGGGCAAAAUCACCACCAUUUUUAAAAUGUCACGUUUGUCACUAGGUGAAUUUGUUUAAUAUGUCUCCGGGUGAAUGUAAUAUAGUAAUCAGCACUUGUAAACAAAGUGUAUUUUAUCAAAAGUUAUAGACUAUUAUGAAUAAAUAAUGAAAAGAAAAGCA